AAAUAACGUGGCUUUAUGUUUUUUCUCAAAAAUAAAGAACCUAGUUUACCGGCUACAUGCAUGUCACGUAUGGCGGCAACGCGGGCUCUCUCAAAAUUUCUGGACUCUGGUUCAACUAUGCUUUAUAAAUGACAAAUAUUGGACCAAAAAAUACCCUCUUCUCCCUUGUUCCUCUGCUUUCGGACUGCUCGAUACGAACCCUUAUUAAUCUCUUGGCUUUCACACACACAAAAAAAGAGUUUGACCUUCCCAAAUGUUUUGCUUUUUUUGGUCAGUGCCAUCACCCAAAAAAAUAGCUCAAUACAAUUUUUUUGGUUUCCUUUUCUGGAACAAUGUUUUACAGCCAGAUGAGCUCCAAGCAGGCAAGGUCCCAUUCCCCGCUGCCACAUAAUUUUUCUUCUCUGACAGCAACAGCAACUACAACUAGCGCUGUUAUUAUUAAUGGAGAUAUUACGGAUCAAAAUUCGCACCAUGUCAAGGCUGGAUUUGCCCCAUUGGAAAAAAUUAAAGAAGAACCUGAAAGGGAGAAGAAGGAGGAAUCCGUAAUCCAACGAAGCUUCUCAAAUUCUAAUAAGAAAGCCAAUUCUGAGAAAAAGGCUAAUUUUAGUAUCAAAUUCGGAAGGCUAACAGAAGGAGAACAACUGGCUCCAGGUUGGCCUGUUUGGCUCACCGCUGUUGCCUCUGAAGCUAUUGACGGAUGGAUGCCCCUUAAAUCAGACGCCUUUCAGAGAUUAGAAAAGAUUGGACAAGGUACAUACAGCAGUGUUUAUCGUGCACGUGAUGUCGAAACUGGUAAAAUGGUUGCCCUGAAGAAGGUGAAAUUUGACAAUUUCCAGCCAGAUAGUGUCAGAUUUAUGGCUCGAGAAAUCACAAUACUGCGUAAACUUGACCAUCAAAAUAUCAUGAAGCUGCUGGGAAUAGUCACUUCUCGGUUAUCGUGUUGUAUAUACCUUGUUUUUGAAUACAUGGAACAUGACCUCUCUGGACUGUUGUCAUGUCCUGACAUCAAGUUCACCGAUUCAGAGAUUAAAUGCUUUAUGCGGCAGCUAUUAAGUGGACUAGAGCAUUGUCAUUCCCGAGGUAUAAUGCAUCGGGAUAUUAAAGCAUCCAAUGUUUUGGUAAACAAUGAAGGAAUUUUAAAGAUAGCAGAUUUUGGUCUUGCAAAUUUCCUCAGUGCUAGGCACAAACAACCACUAACAAGCCGUGUGGUGACUUUAUGGUAUCGACCUCCUGAACUUCUCUUAGGAUCAACAAAUUAUGGGCUAACAGUGGAUUUGUGGAGCACUGGUUGUGUUUUUGCAGAAUUUUUUUUUGGGAGGCCCCUCCUGAAAGGGAGGACUGAGGUUGAACAAUUGCAUAAAAUCUUCAAACUAUGUGGUUCUCCAUCUGAUGAUUACUGGAAGAAAUCCAAACUUCCACUAGCAACUAUUUUUAAACCCCAACAUCCUUAUGAGAGUGCACUUCGAGAUAGAUGUAAAGAAUUACCAAAAACUGCUGUCAACCUUAUAGAAGCGCUUCUUUCAAUUGAUCCACAUAAACGUGGAACUGCUUCAUCUGCUCUUGGUUCUGAGUAUUUUAAUACAAAGCCUAACGCAUGUGCACCGUCAAGCUUGCCUAAGUAUCCACCGAACAAGGAAAUUGAUGCAAAGUUCCGAGAAGAAGCAAGGAGAAAGAGGGCCGGUUCCACAGUGGCAGGAUCUGGAGCUUCAAGAAAUUCAAGAAAGCUGCAAAAGGCGCUUCAAGAAUCAAGCAACUUAGGCAUAGUGGUUUCAACAGAGGAAGCUGAAGCCAAUAUCCAUAAUGGUCGUAGAAACAAUGGCGCUAGUGUCCAAAUUUCUAAAGGAAAAGGAGCUACUGUGGCACGUAUAUCAAUGAAGCCAUCUUAUGAUACAGUGUCAGACACUUCUCAGACUACCGAAGAAUCUCAAGGAGAAAGUAUCCGAUCUGUCCCUGCGCAAAUGACAGCUUCAAGUGGCACUGCGUGGCCCAGAAUGAGAAAGCAUGAUUCUGCAGCCACAAGACCCCAUCCACCGGCCAACUCAAGAAAUCAAAAGCUGAUUGCCUUUGACCCUUCCAGUAUACUGCAAGCUGCCGAUACCUUCAAUUUAAACAUGCCAGGAAAUAAUGACUUUUCGGGCAGGAUCACAACUGCAGCCAUAAGCCGCAACAAUGAUGCAAAUUCUCUUCACAGGCAAUACACUCACCAUGAGCAACGAGAUUCUUUUGGAUCAUCUGAUAUACACCAGUCUCUGGAGUUGUCAGAGGACUACUAUGGACGACAAAGAAGGGUUGUGUUCUCAGGACCAUUGAUACAUCAGAGGAGUGAUGCAAAGAAGGAUAUUCAAAUGGACCAAGAUGGUCGCAGAUCUCGGUUUUAUAAAGAUUUAUAAUGAGAAUGAUCCGGAAGAGCAUCCUGCAUCCCUUGAUCCGGAAGAGCAUCCUGCAUCCCUUAGCCAGUGAAGUUACUCUGGAGAUAUGAUAUCUUCUUGAGGAUUUUUGUUGGUCAAGAAGAAAAUCAAAGUUUGUUAAGCAAUGCGUCGAUUUUAUUUCAUUUUUGCCCUGGCCACUCUACUUAUGAAGAGCAUGGAUUCUGUGAACUUUGAUUCUUGCAACUAUAUGUUUUCUCGCAAUUUAUUUGGGAAAUUAGUAAAUAUACCAUGCAGACGUAGACACUUACUGGUGAAACAGUUUUUUGACCAGAAAUAUGACAGAAUCGCCAGAAAAAUUUGAGGCUGAAGUACUGAAUGUGGUUGGUGGAAUUGGAAUUUGACAACAUACUGGAGAGUUGCAGCAUGUAUCCCCAGUGUUAUUAAAAACAUGACUUCCUUUCUUCCAUAGAUUGAUUAGUGUCUAGGAUUCCCUCAUUGUAAAUGGAAAAUAUGUAUACAGACGUAUAUAUAUACCUUUAGUUGACAUGUUUAUACUACAAACUCGACCAUCCUUUGUCUUU